AUGAUCUGCCCGACGCUGGGCCAAUCUGGACAGAACGGCUUCGUGUACUCAAGCAUCCACUCAUCCAGCGAGGUGCGCGGGGUGCGCAAGGGUUUCCACACCUUGGUCGCCCGGCACCCGGGCGUGUCCUCGUACCUCAUGAAGACCUUCUUCGGCGGCCAGAAGAGCACCCCCAUCCCCUCCGCCACGCCUGGCUCCCCAGAUCUACCUGCCCUGCCAGCAGAAACACUCCCCCGCCUGGCCCGCAGCACCCCUGUGGAUGUGCACGUCUACAUCUCGGAGGCAAAUGACUGGCAGGCCAGUGCCAAGCAGGGGCCCCCCCUCUGGUCCGCCACCGAGUUCGAGCUGGGCACGGGCUCUACGCAAGCCACCGCCCUGGUGUACGCCCCCUCCCAUGCCGUGCAGAACAACGGGAGCGUCUUCUUCCACGCUGUGUUCACUCCCAGUGGAGCGUCGCCUGACCCUGCCGACGGCUUCCAUGACGCAGCGCUUACGUUUGCCAAGUCCCAGCCGCUCAACGUCUACCUGAAGAAGCCCAGGGCCGGGACCGGAAUCAACCUGCUGACUGGCAAGAACUCGACGGGCAACGAGGCUGCCCCAGAGGACGUGCACACCGGCAACGACACGGUGAUAGUGUCGUUCCUGCGCCCCAACGUCACCAUCGCCGUCGUCGACGACUUCAAGAAGUACCAGCUGCGUCAGAUCCCCCCGCAGUACAAGGGCUUUGUGGACAUGGACGAGGUGACCCUCACCUAUGCACCCUUUGUCUGGUACAACAACUUUUGGCUGCUGCGGGACUACCUGAUUCCCCUGAAUGAGACUGUGUCUGAGGUCACCCUGCACAUCAGCGUGGAGACCAUCCACGCCCUUAAGUUUGCAUUCUUCACCCAGGCAAGUGAAGAUGGAGCAGUCAAGCGCAUCUUCCUGGAAGGCAACCCAUUCUUCCUGGCGCUGACCAUGGCAGUGUCCCUCCUGCACUCGCUGUUCGACAUGCUGGCCUUCAAGAACGACAUUGGAUUCUGGAAGAACAACAAGUCCAUGGUCGGGCUGUCGGCGCGCACCAUCAUGAUCAAUGCCGGCUGCCAGCUGAUCAUCUUCCUGUACCUUCUAGACAACGAGACGUCGUACGUCAUCCUCUUCUCCUCCGGCAUGGGGACCGCCAUCGAACUCUGGAAGGUGACCAAGGCGAUGGACAUCAGCGACCGGCUGUCCUACACCCAGUCCAGGACGGACGAGUAUGACGCGGAGGCCAUGCGGUACCUGUCCUACGCGCUGUACCCCCUGAUCCUGGGGUACGCGGUCUACGCGCUGGUCUACCAGACGCACAAGUCCUGGUAUUCGUGGGUGCUCAACUCGCUGGUGGGCGCGGUGUACACCUUUGGCUUCAUUCUCAUGUGCCCGCAGCUGUACCUGAACUAUAAGCUCAAGUCCGUAGCCCACCUGCCCUGGCGUCAAAUGUCAUACAAAUUCCUGAACACCAUCAUCGAUGACCUCUUUGCCUUUGUGAUCAAGAUGCCCCUCCUGCACCGGCUAUCAGUGUUCCGAGACGAUGUGGUGUUCCUGGUGUACCUCUACCAGCGCUGGAUCUACCGGGUGGACAAGAAGCGUGCAAAUGAGUUCGGAUACGUCGAGGAGGGCGACCCGGCCGUGGAUGCACAGGUCGAGGGAGUGGGCGCAGCGAUCGCCGGGACAGACGGUGUCGGAACUUCGGAAACCGAUGGCCCGGCCCCCGAUCCCGUCAGCGGCGAGAACGUUGAGACCAAGAAAGAUCAAUAA